ACGAUAGAGGGGAGAGGAGACAGUGAACACGUUCCUCGACCAUGAGUAUGGCGAUGUGACUGCUGCUGCUCCCACGGAGGAACAUCACCAUGCCACCACCCACAAGCGCUACAAACCAUAGCCGGACCCAGGCAGAUAAGACGCAGCAAGCCACCUCGGCGCUCUCUUCCCCUCCGGACCUCUUCAGUACCCGUCUCUUAGCCUCUCCAGCAAUUCACACCGCCCUAGCGUCCCUCUGCUCCGCACUCCUAGACGCAGCCAUCACACCCUGGUGGUCGCGUCUCUCCCCCACCAACGAGCCCGCACUGCACGAUGAAGUGGAGCGACUCGUCAGUCUUGUGGGUGGCGAGCUUGCAAGGAGACUUGAAGAAGCAGAGAAGAAUGGUAGGCUGGCGGGGCUGCUGAGGGAGGAAGUGCCGGCAUUGUUGGAGAGGUAUAUUGAGGUAUGGAGAGCGACGCAGCUUGGCUUGGAGGAGAAUGGGGAGGAAGGAAUACGGAUACCUGGCACGGUCCAAGACGAUGAGGCACAUGCACGUCGACGCUUCGAGGUGUAUACUGCCCUCUGGCCCUCCAUCUACGUCUCUUCCCCCUCAUCCUCCUCUUUCCCUCCACCCGGCCCCCACCUCUCCCACGCCCGUCUGCGUCAUCUCUCCUCCUCCCUCCUUCCCUUUCUCCUACCAGCACAAGAGCUUCAAAGUCCCGCCGCAACUGCCCUCGUAAGAGAUCUACUGGCGAUGCUCCUCAGGCUUGCUCUGGAAAAGGGAAGUGCAGGAUGGAUGUGGGUUCGGGCGGGGAGGAAGAUGCUUGAGUGGGUUGCUGAGAGGCGGAGGCUUUCAGGUGCAAGUGAGAAAGGGGGAGAGGGAGAAAGAGAGGUAGAAGGAGAUGAUGAGAUUGUCCUGCUGCCUUCGGUUGAGGAGGUUUGGAGUGCGAUUGCUCAGGGCUGCAAGAGAGCACUCCCGAUAGCGCAACGUGGUCUACGAGCGAGCAAGGACCUCCUCGGCUUCCAACGACAGUCUACGCAGAAGCAAGAAGACCCGCCUCCCCCAUACCAAGAAGAGAAGGAGAGCCCAUCACCUCCAACAGCCGGGCAAACGACCUCAGUGACAUCUUCUACUGCUUCACCAUCGAGCAACUAUCUCUGCCUGCUCUGCACGAUGCUAAAUCUCCCUGCUACAUAUACGGGAAAAAUGGUGCAGGGGGCCAUCACGAUGCUCAGACUCUUUGGAAGCCAGAAGCUAGACAGUCUUCUCUACACAGCCCUAUCCUCUCACCUCUCCCGCGAAUCACACUACCUCUCCCUCCUACAAACACUCCGUUCCACCCUCCUAACAGCACAAGGCACCUUCCCACCCCCUUCAGCACCUCCUUCACUAGAAGUCCAGAGGGAAGAGUACGAGGAAUUCCUGUCGGUGUUGGUGAGGGAGGGGCCGGAGAUGCUUGACAUGGGGAUGGGGAUGGGAAUGGGGAUAGGGGGGGAGUGGAUCAUGAGUAUUCUACUUAGCGGGAGUAGCCCUACCUCUCCCCCUUCCACUCCUCCUCCUCCUCCUUCUCGCACCUGCACUCCUCCUCACCAUCCAGCCACACAGCCAGCAGCAGCAGUAGCAGCAGCAGCGCGAGGACAAAUCGAGUCUCUUCGCCCCCUCCUAGAUCCUCUGCUCAGUCCCGCAGCAUGCUGGACUCGGAUGGAUCUGGUGGGGAGAGUGGAGGAGAAGGAGAUGAUCAUACCCAGAGUUUACGAAAUGCUACAGUCUCCUUGCCGUAGCACAUCCUAUCAUCAGCACUAGUCGAAACAAUCUCUACCAGUAUCACCAUCUUCCACAGUCGUGUUCAUAUCUCGGAUCGCCAUUUCGAAAAAUGAAGAUGCUAUUUGCGAUCAAUCUAAAGAAAGAAAGAAGAGUAUGGAAGGGGAAGAUUACGCACGCACCUCACCUCGCA